UCAGGCUCAGCAUUAGCUUGUGGUCCAGGCUCUCAGGCAGGCUGUGAGUGAGUGAGUGUGAGCAGAGCAGGAUAGGAUAGGAUAGUGAGUGUGUAUCCCGGGCUGGCAGUGAGGGCGGCACUGGACUCCUGUCUACAGAGGGGGCUGGAAGGGCUUGUUUAAUCCAGUCCGUGAGUGAGGCUCUCAGCCAGUCCCAGAGUACCCUGAGCUGUGAGUGUGUAUAUGAGUGGGCGCUGGAUUCGGCGCUUUGCAAUAAACGUUCAGCUACAGCCGCUAGUAUGGCUACACCGUGCGAUUCCAUGAGCGGAUACACGAACCAGUCAGACCCCGGCUCCAACAGCGAGAGAAGCACCGAUUCCCCGCUCCCCGGUUCCGAGGAUGACUCCCCCGGCCCUGCAGCCCCCCAUGAUCCGGAGUGGGGAGAAGAGAGAUUCCGGGUGGAUCGGAAGAAACUGGAAACAAUGUUGCAAGCUGCAGCUGAAGGAAAGGGAAAAAGUGGAGAAGAUUUCUUUCAAAGAAUUAUGGAAGAAACAAAUACGCAGAUUGCAUGGCCAUCCAAACUGAAGAUAGGUGCAAAAUCAAAGAAAGAUCCACAUAUUAAAGUUUCUGGGAAGAAGGAGAAUGUUAAGGAAGCCAAGGAGAGGAUUAUGUCAGUGCUGGACACCAAAAGUAAUCGGGUCACGUUAAAAAUGGAUGUUUCCCACACAGAACAUUCUCAUGUUAUAGGAAAAGGUGGCAACAACAUCAAAAAAGUGAUGGAGGAAACCAGGUGCCACAUUCAUUUUCCAGACUCCAACCGAAAUAACCAAGCUGAAAAAAGCAACCAGGUGUCCAUUGCGGGCCAGCCAGCUGGUGUGGAGUCUGCAAGAGUAAGAAUAAGGGAACUCCUACCUUUGGUAUUGAUGUUUGAGCUACCAAUAGCUGGGAUUCUACAACCAAUUCCUGACCCAAACUCUCCUACCAUUCAACACAUAUCCCAGACCUACAAUAUAACGGUUUCUUUCAAACAACGCUCAAGAGUCUAUGGUGCUACUGUAAUUGUAAGAGGCUCACAAAAUAAUACCAGUGCUGUGAAGGAAGGUACAGCCUUGUUGCUUGAACACCUUGCUGGCAGCCUGGCCAGUGCUAUUCCGGUCAGUACUCAACUUGAUAUUGCUGCUCAACAUCAUCUAUUUAUGAUGGGACGCAAUGGUGGGAACAUUAAACACAUCAUGCAGAGAACAGGUGCUCAGAUCCACUUUCCAGAUCCUAAUAACCCCCUAAAGAAAUCCACGGUCUACCUCCAGGGCACCAUUGAGUCAGUUUGUCUUGCAAGGCAAUAUCUCAUGGGUUGUCUUCCACUUGUUUUGAUGUUUGACAUGAAGGAAGAGAUUGAAGUAGAACCCCAGUACAUUACACAACUCAUGGAACAGUUGGAUGUCUUCAUCAGUAUAAAACCAAAGCCGAAACAACCAAGUAAAUCUGUGAUUGUUAAAAGUGUGGAACGAAAUGCCUUAAAUAUGUAUGAAGCUAGAAAAUGCCUUCUUGGACUUGACAGUAGUGGGGUUCCAAUGACCAAUCCGUCAACAGUGCCCUGUCCAAUGCCAUACCAUGGACUGGACAUCUUGACAGCAGGUUUAGGACUUACUGGAUUAGGUCUCUUGGGUCCAAACACUUUAUCUGUAAAUUCAUCCAGUGCUCAGAAUUCUUUGCUGAAUGCCCUUAACAAUUCUGUUAGUACCCUGCACAGCCCAACUUCAGCUCCAAGUCCAACACUAUGGGCAACUACACUAGCAAAUACUCAAAGUAAUCCAGGAUUUUCAGCAAUACCCCAUCUGAUGAUGCCAUCUGCAGCACAAGCCACAUUAACCAGCUUUCUUUUGUCUGGUGUUCCAAACUAUGGACAAAACACACCAUCUCCACCACCGGGUUUAACACCUGUUGAUGUUCAUAUGAACGGCAUACAUUCUGAAUGCAAGAAAGUUACAUCAGCAUUGAACUGCCAUGUAAAGGCUGCAAAUAUGAAAUAUGCCGCAAUGUCUGGAUCAUCUUUGGGAGACAAAGUGAUGAAUCCAAACCUCCCUGAGUCGUCAAGGCAGUCCAGCAAUCAUAGCUCGCCGGACCAACGGAAUGCCAAAUCUGAUUCAGAAGGCUGUAAUGAUGCGUUUGUGGAAGUUGGUAUGCCAAGAAGUCCAUCACAUUCAGCAAAUACAAAUGAUCUGAAGCAGAUGUUGGGUUCUGCCAAAGUUCCAUGUGCUAAGAGGCAAACUGUUGAAUUAUUACAAGGCACCAAGAAUUCACACUUACAUAGUUCGGAUAGGUUGCUGUCUGAUUCCGAGAUGAGCCCAUCUGAGGGUCCUGUGACCGAUAAGAAAGCCCCAGGAAGUGAACGUGCAGCUGAAAGAGCUGCUGCUGCUCAACAAAAUUCUGAGAGGGUACGGCUUAAUUCGCAGUCCUCAUAUGCAAAUAUGCAGGCUUAUGAUUAUGAACAGAAGAAACUCUUGGCAACAAAAGCAAUGUUAAAGAAGCCAGUUGUGACAGAAGUUAGAACCCCAACAAAUACUUGGAGUGGACUAGGUUUCUCUAAAUCUAUGCCAGCUGAAACCAUAAAAGAACUAAGGCGUGCCAAUCAUGUUUCAUACAAGCCCACAAUGAGCACAACAUAUGAGACACCUAUGUCGCUAUCCCGGUCAAAUAGCCGAGAGCAGUUGGGAAAUGGCAGUGAGUCUGAAAACUGGAGGGAGAGAAAUGGGAUGGAUUCAUCUCAUAAUGAUUACACCUCAUCCAUCGGAAGCCCCAAACGAAAGCAAAACAAAUCUGCAGAACACUAUCUUAGCAGCAGUAAUUACAUGGACUGCAUCUCCUCGCUAACUGGAAGCAACGGCUGUAAUCUAAAUAGUUCAUUCAAAGGUUCAGACUUGCCUGAAUUGUUUAGCAAACUUGGCCUUGGGAAAUACACAGACAUCUUCCAACAGCAAGAGAUUGACCUUCAAACAUUCCUUACACUGACUGAUCAAGAUUUAAAGGAGCUUGGAAUUACCACAUUUGGCGCUAGACGGAAGAUGUUGCUUGCUAUAUCAGAACUGAAUAAAAACCGAAGAAAGCUUUUUGAGCCAACCAAUAUACGUUCCUCUUUCUUGGAGGGUGGGGCUAGUGGAAGACUGCCACGUCAGUAUCACUCAGACAUUGCCAGUGUCAGCGGUCGCUGGUAGCAGCCAGCACAAACACUUGAUCAUAAGCGCUGAGAACCAUGGCUGACCUGUGGACAUGCAUUACUGCAUCAUCAGCACUUUAUGGCCAAGGUACCACGGACCAAAGCAAACAUGUCCACACAAGUACUUCUUCCUUAAAAUACUUGUGUUGUCAUUCUGAACACCAAAUGUGGAUUGUGUAUGCCUGUGUUGACUGGACCGAAUUGCAAUUGCAAAAAAUAAUUAUGAUUUUAUGUUUUAGUAUUUUAUUAUGUAUAACUAUAAUGUAUGCACUGAAAUUUUUACUUUUAAUGAAUGAAGAAUUAAUCUCUCCGAUAUCAGAGGGCAUGACUAAAUGGAUUUUAUUGUGAAGGAAUUUUUCUGGUACUCAAUAAUCGAGAUAUUUCUGCACUUUACACGCUCCUAACAUGAAAUGUAAUGUUCUCCAAUUUCCAUGUAAAACACAAUUUAUUGACACUAAUUAAUCAUAGCCCCUUUUCGAGCAACCACAAUUACAUCAUCCCUGUAUUGUAAGGUAUUUUAACUAUGCAGAGUUUAUGCUAGAAACUGGGAACCGUUUUACAAAGAAUAUUUUUGUUGCUGGUAGAUGAAGUUUUAGAUAUUUUUUUUUUUCUCUCUUCUGUUAUUUUAUGAACGCUUACAAUGAAAAAAACUUCACUGUAACAGAUGAAAUGACCAGUGCGGGCUUUGUAGUUAGUAUUCUUUUGCACUCAACACCAAGGCAGAUUUAGUAGAAACAUAGUCAACAUUCUAAAGGCUAAUUACAUAUGUUUAUAGAAUGUCAGUCUCUCCUCCCUCUAAAACCUAGAUUUAUCGAUGAUGGUAUGAAAAUCUGUUAUUGACCGAACAUCUGAUACCGUUUUUUUUUGCAUUAUGAACAUAGGUCUAUAGAAAUAUGUUAAGACAGAAGGUGCUUUUCCUUACAAAAACUCGGACCUACUCUGUCUCCUGUAUAUUUAAAAGACAAAUUUAUAGGUACAGAACCAGAGUAAUUUGUUACACCAUGUUUCCCCUUGGAUGUCAUAGAGGUGAGAUAUAGGCAAAGCUGUUGCUGAGUAUUGCUUACCAAUUUGGCUCUGAUAUGGCUAGCUAAUGUUACAAGACUUGCCUACAUUAGUUUUAUUAGUCUCUAAUUAAUUUACUAUACUGUGAAAAUUCCAAAGCAUCAAACAUUCUAACGACAUGUAAUGUGUUUCUGCAAUGCUGAGCGAAGUCUUAAAUAAGACAAUGUUCUCUUGAUAUGUUAGGGUACGGUUCUGUUUCUAGCAUUUUGUUUUUUCCAUAAGGAAUGAAAAUUGCUUGUUCGGAAAUGUAGAUCUGAGGUCUUUCUACCUGAGAGAACCUUUCAAGCAAUAACACCUAGUUUGUUUAGCUACACCCAAGUGAGCCAUUUCACCCAAAACAUAAACCCUCUGUUAAAUGGCAGCCAAGGGCUCGAAAACACAGCAUGUAGUGAAUUCCUCUGAUAAAUCAUUUCUUAGUAAACUUGCUACACAGACAUUUUCACACACACACGUUGAUACAUUUUUUUUCUUUAUUGACUGCAUGGAAUCAUUCUAAGGGCAUAAACAAUGCAACAAACAAAUAUCAAUAUGGGUUUCUAUUAAGGCACUAUUUAAUUGUGGUUUGGGGAAACUUUCUACACUACUUUUUGGUGAACCACUUCCUGUAUAAGACUGUGGUGUUGAGGGCUUGUAAGCAUUUUAUACCACAUGGACUACUUAUUUGAACAAUCCCACAUUUUUUAUAGAAUACACAUGGGUAUUGCAACAUUUUAUAUAUUUCUCAGCAUAGUGUUUACCUUUGCUUUGGUUUAACUUCUAUUUGAAUGUUUUCUUGAGUUUUAAAUGACUGGGUGUGGCGUGGGGUAAAGUUAUAUUUGUUUAUUAAAUCUCCCUAACGAUACCGCAGUAUUCAGUAAGGGUCUUGUAUGAAUACACAGAUGCACAUAGAUACACACAGAUACUGGAGAAUCCUUCUCUCACGUUUUAAUCUUGUUAGUGAAACAUGAUGUUACAGGUGAAGGUGUCGCGGAGUGCUGCCUUAUGCACAAUGUGUUUAAGUUGUUUAAUCCCAAUAUUUGUUACUUUUAUGUUGUGCCUUGAGAGUGACAAGAUAUCUGUAAAUGUAGAGCAGAUACAGAUUAUAUUUCAGUGGGGGGGGUUUGAUGACUUUAUAUAUAUAUAUAUUAUUUUUUUUUACUUUUUGUUUUUUUAAUUAAAUGUGGCUUAAGACCAUUAAAAUGGAUUUUUAACUAAUCAUUUGUU